AACACAUCUAUAUUAUCACAGCAGCCUCCCGCAAAGCACUCUUUACCUCCCCAAAUAUCUGGCCACACUCUCCACGCCAGCAGCUAUCUAUGGUCUUUGCGAGUAACCUCACUACCAUCUCCCAAAAUGUCACAGUUCUUCCAACAACCACCACCUAAUGCGCCAUACGGCGGUUCCUCCGCGCAAAACCUCCAGUUCUACCCAUCCACAUAUACACCCAACCCAGUAUCCGGCCACGCAACACCCUCAGAAGCAUCGUACGGAUAUGGCGCACCACAGUCUUCGCAAGGCUACGGUGCUCCAGGCGGGGGAUUUAAUUCCGGAUUUGGAGGCGCAGCAGGAGUGAGUGGCAGAAUGGGAGAACAAGGAGGAUUAAGAACGGGAUGGUUAGCAGCGUUUGGCACAGAAGGUUAUGAAGGAGAACCACCAUUACUGGAAGAACUAGGAGUAAAUUUCGCACACAUACAAAGCAAGGUAUAUCUUCCCUCUUCCUCCUCGCUGCGUAUGAGAUAUAUAAAGGAUAUGAGCUAAUAUAUGGAAUCAAAGACUUUAGCAGUACUCAACCCCCUCGCCAAAAUCGACCAACACAUCAUGGACGACUCCGAUCUAGCAGGUCCCAUACUAUUCUUCCUCUUAUUCGGAACCUUCCUACUCUUCUCCGGAAAAGUGCAUUUUGGAUAUAUCUACGGACUCGCACUACUAGGCAGUUGCUCACUCCAUUUAAUUCUCUCCCUCAUGUCUCCGCCUCUGGAACCCAGUGCUUCCUCACCACAACCGCAAUCCUCACAUCUCUCUUCAACCCUCACAUUCCUGCGAUCGGCUUCUGUACUAGGAUAUUGUCUCUUACCAUUAGUUCUCACGAGUCUGAUUGGGAUAGUGCUGCCUAUGGAUGGAAUUAUGGGCUACAUGUUGACUAGCUUGGCCAUCGUGUGGUGUACGUACAGUAGUUCGGGUAUGUUCUGUGCGGUGGGAAGGAUGAGGGGAAUGAGAGGAUUGGUGGCGUAUCCUUUGGCGUUGUUUUAUGUGGGAUUUGGAAUUAUGGGUAUUUUCUCAAGUAGAGGGAGCAAGCUUACAGGAAAAGUUGGCGCGGCAUUGUGAGAGAAAAACGGGUUGAUAUGAAUGGGUCAUGAAAAGGAGGCGAACUAGGUCAUGUAGGAAUAGUCGACGGUUUAUGGAGCGGCAAUUCCCACAGGAAACGUUGUAGGUUAAUAGCGUACCUACUUCCAGUAAGCAUUUUAGCGCAAAGGCGUUUGCUAAGUACCAAAGAAUACUACCAAAAUAAACUCACAAUUCCAACCAAAGGCUGCACUUUAAUAUG